GCCAAAGUUUCGUCGGAUGACUCUUUUGACAGAACAACAAAGAAGGUUGGAAGGGGUAUCUCUAUCGACUCAAUGGCUGCACGACGCACUCUCCGCAUUGGCCUCAUCCCCGGCGAUGGCAUCGGCCGCGAAGUCAUCCCCGCCGGUCGCCGCGUUCUCGAAGCACUCCCAUCUUCCCUCGGCCUAAAAUUCUCCUUCACCCACCACGAAGCCGGCUUCGAAACCUUCCAAAAGCGCGGCGCCGCCCUGCCUGACUCCACCGUCGAAGAACUGAAGUCUUCCUGCGAUGGUGCGCUCUUCGGUGCUGUCUCUUCGCCGACUACAAAGGUUGAGGGGUAUUCCAGUCCCAUUGUUGCUCUCAGGAAGAGGCUGGCAUUGUAUGCGAAUGUACGGCCUGUAAAGAGCAUCCGGACGGCGAAGAGUGGCGUUGAUUUGGUCAUUGUGCGGGAAAACACCGAGGAUCUUUACGUCAAGGAGGAGAAGAGCUACAACGCGCCUGAUGGAAGCAGGAUCGCGGAAGCCAUCAAACGUAUCUCCGAGACCGCAUCCGCGAACAUUGCAGCAAUGGCCGGUGAUAUCGCGCUGCGACGUCAACGCGUCCGUGACGCCGGAGCGUCGUCGAUCCACAAAUCUCCGCUGGUCACCAUCACACACAAGAGCAACGUGCUGUCUCAAACCGACGGGCUCUUCCGCGAAACCGCCCGCAAGAUCCUCGCGCAGCAGAAAUACUCUCCCGCCGUGUCAAUCGAAGAGCAAAUCGUGGAUUCGAUGGUGUACAAGCUCUUCCGCCAACCGUCCGAUUACGACGUCAUUGUCGCGCCCAACCUCUACGGUGACAUUCUGUCCGACGGCGCUGCCGCACUUGUCGGAUCCCUCGGUCUUGUUCCCUCUGCGAACGUAGGUAAAGAAUUCGUGAUCGGUGAGCCGUGCCAUGGAAGUGCGCCGGACAUCGAGGGAAUGGGGAUCGCGAACCCGAUUGCGACAAUCAGGAGCACCGCUUUGAUGUUGGAGUUCCAGGGCGAGGAGGAGGCUGCGGCGAAGAUUUAUGAGGCCGUUGAUGCGAAUUUGGAGGAGGGGAAGCUGUUGACGCCUGAUAUGGGCGGCAAGGCUAAGACUGAGGAGGUUAUUGAGGAUGUGUGCAGACGGUUGUAA